AUGUUGAAGAAAUCGGAAACUUCUUUAGGGAAUACACAUAAAAUUCUGAAUAUCUCGGUCUGUUUUGCUUCACAGAGGCUUUCUUUGCGACAAUUUUCUAUCCGUUGUUCGUCGCAUUACGGCCGCUGCUUGCCAGCAAUUGGUCGCGUGUUACCAAUGGUUUCAAACAAGAAGUUGUACAACGUUGUCUUCGUUCUAGGGCCCCCGGGUUCGGGAAAGGGGACACAGUGUGUGAAAAUCCAAGAGAAUAUUGGCUUCAUGCAUUUGUCGGCAGGAGAUCUCUUGCGUGCUGAGAGACAACGCGAAGGGUCACAAUUCGGGCAACUGAUAGAAAAUCACAUCAAGAACGGAACGAUUGUACCUGUUGAAAUCACCUGCAAACUUCUUGAAAAUGCUAUGGACGCAGCGAAUGAUGCUCGAGGUUUUCUCGUUGAUGGAUUUCCUCGCAACCAGAACAACCUAGAAGGAUGGGAACAGCAGAUGAAAGAGAAGGUUGAUGUCAAGUUUGUUCUGUUCUUGUCUUGCCCAGUGGAUGUUUGUAUCUCUCGAUGUUUGCAGAGAGGACAAGGUCGCACAGACGAUAACGAAGAAUCUUUACGAAAACGAAUAGAAACAUAUAAUAAUCAAACACUUCCAAUAAUUCAGCACUAUGAAAAGUUAGGACUUGUGAAAGAAGUACCCAGCGAUAAGAACCCCGAAGAGGUCUACGCAGGAGUGGUAACAGCCUUCAAAAGUGCUGGAUUUCAAGUGUAG